CCGGUGAAGGUGUGUGUGCUUCCUCUGCUGGCUCUGGUCCGGUCGGACUCAACACACAAAAGCCAUGGGGUCCCUUGAGGGACACCUGCUUCCAGGAAUAGGCUUCUUUCUCUACUCAUUGUACUACUCGGUGCUAACAUCCUUGGCCCUGCUACGGGAGCAGAAGGUCCUCAAGCACCCCAUGCUCCUGAGGAAGCUGUGGGGACACAAGCUGUUUUGGCAGGUAUCGUAUGAAGCGCUAGUGAAGGUGCUUGUCCCCAUCUUUGGCAUUUUUGGCGAAUUCUUCUACCCUCUAGGGUUAAAUCGUCUGCAGAUGAUAGACUGGAAGGACCCUCGGCGGCCAUUUGUUUUCAAGGACAACUGGCAGCAUGCAACCAUGUUUGGGUUCUUUGUUCUCAGUGGCGUGGUGGACAUGGUGAGCCAGUCACGGCUGGCACACUGGGGUGUGAAGCUGGAACGUGCAGCCGAAGCCCUGGCUUUCUAUGUGGUGAUACUGCUAAUGGCAACCCACAUCGAGAACAAAAGCUCCAUGGAGAUCCGAGUGCAUCUUCUGUUAAUGGUGCCAUCCUUCUUGCUUGCUCUGGUGAUAACUGUGGAGAUCUGGGUCCCCAACCAUCCCCCGCUCUGGAUCCUCAAGUGUUGGUUGGGGCUGGUGUUCAGCAACUGGAUGUUUCAGAUCUGUGAGAUGUAUGUGCCUACCACUGGACAGCCCUGGCGGUCAGACAGCCCUACAGACCAUGCAUUCCUAACUGUCUUCUUCUGCUGGUACAUGGCCUUGGCGGCUGCCAUGUUCAUUACCAUCUAUGGCCUUUGCAGUCUCUGGCACUAUCGCUAUUCUUCAUGGAAAAAGACUCCUGGUGCUAGGUACCAGCGGUGCCGGAUGGAGUCCACUGGUGAAGAGCUAGAAAAGCUCAGGGCGGAAACCCUGGCACAGGAUGGAGUAGUGUAGGACAGAAGCUGUCUGGAGUGCCGUAUGCACAAUCUGAAACCCACAUCAUAGCUUUCUACCCCAGGACUAGCUUCUUCACCCUAAAUAAAACUUCUAGCUCCAAAGAUGA